AUGCCGAGUAUAAUUUUUUACAGUUUUUUUGCGUUCUUAGUACCUAGUACGAACACUUUGGAUGCUAAGGCUAAAGAUUUUCUUACCUCCGGCAACCACACCAGCAACUGGGCCGUUCUAGUCGAUACUUCCCGUUUUUGGUUCAAUUACAGACAUGUAGCAAAUGUAUUAUCCAUCUACCGUAGCGUGAAAAGAUUGGGAAUUCCAGAUAGCCAGAUAAUUUUGAUGAUUGCUGAUGAUAUGGCCUGCAACCCACGAAAUCCUCAUCCAGCUGCUGUUUACAACAACGCAAAUCAGCAAAUUGAUGUAUAUGGUGAUGAUGUUGAAGUGGAUUAUAGGGGUUAUGAGGUAACUGUAGAAAACUUUAUUCGGGUCCUCACUGGUCGUCUACCAUCUUCAACUCCAAGAUCUAAAAAAUUGCUGACUGAUACAGGAAGCAAUGUUUUGAUAUACCUAACAGGCCAUGGUGGUGAUGGAUUUUUGAAAUUUCAAGAUUCUGAAGAAAUCACAAAUGUUGAUUUGGCAGAUGCUAUCCAACAGAUGUGGGAAAAACAAAGAUAUCAUGAAAUGCUGUUCAUAGUUGACACUUGCCAAGCAGCUUCACUUUACCAGAAAUUCUAUUCUCCAAAUGUGUUGGCGAUUGGUAGCAGUUUGGUUGGGGAGGAUUCUCUCUCACACCAUGUCGAUCCUGCCAUUGGCGUCUAUAUAAUUGAUCGCUACACGUAUUAUGCCCUAGAAUUUUUGGAACAUGUUACCCCCACAAGUAAUCAUACCCUUGGCCAGUUUCUCAAAGUCUGUCCGAAAUAUCUUUGCCUAUCUACUGUCGGCUUUCGUAGCGACCUUUUCCAGCGGGACCCUAACAGAGUCUUUAUUACAGAUUUUUUUGGCUCUCAAAAACGGAUUGAGAUGGCAGCUGAUCCGAUAGUAUUACCUCCACCAUCAAAUAAAAAAUCAAGUUUACCGCCUCGGGAAGCCGUACCGGGACGUGCAUUACGUUACGCAGACCCUAUUCCUCCAUUAUGCAUUCACAGUUUGACAUUUUAA